GGGCAAUGGCUAGAAGUCACAUCUACUAGAUCCGAAAUAAUAUUUCUCCAACUAUCCGUAUCUUUGUGUAUUUCUUGCCGAGUACCCUUGUCACCAGAAUCCUUCCCUUGUCUCCUGGCACUGGGACUGGGACUGUCUGGCUGACUCCGAUCCUCCCUUCUAGCGGAAAAGGUAAUUCUCUAGAGUUGCAAAAUAGUGAAGACGAACAGACAGAAAGAAAAAAACAGAGAGAUAGAGGAGGAAAAGUUGAUCUUAUCUUAAGCUUCUCUAAAAUUUUGUCCACUUUACUUGCUUCCGACGAUCAUGGCCUUGGAACCUAAUCCGCUCCACCAUCUUCCGGGCGGCUCUGCAACGGGUCCCGAGUGUAUCGUCGACUUUGACAGCCCGGAUGACCCAUAUCGCCCUCGAAAUUGGCCCCGGAAAAAAAAGCUUAUUACGACGGCCCUAUAUGGCUUAAUCACUAUGACUGCCACAUGGACCACCAGCAUAUACUCUCCCGCUGUUAAGCAAGUAUCUGCUGCCUUUAAUGUGAGCAAUGAAGUCUCAUUGCUCGGUCUCAGCUUUUGUCUUCUAGAGUGCGAAUUUCCUUCCACAAAACUUCUUUCAGUACCAAAAUAAAUAAAAGAUCUAACCUACAUGUCCAUAUAGGUUCGGACCAUUGAUAUGGGCGC